AGGAGACUUGCGUUACAAGAAGGGACCGUCAAAUUGGUUUUCUAGCCAUUUUCCUGUGAAAUCAAGACAUGUAUUCUAGUCUCGCCGAUCCUCGAGUAAAUUUUGUUUUUUUGGCCCUGCUGACGGUACACAAGUUUUACUUUAUAAACUCUCUGAGCGCUGUAAACGGAAUGUCAAGAUCGAAUUCCACUCAAGAUGGGUCCCAAACUUGUGCAAAUGAAUUUCUUAAAGCUAAGAUUUGCCCGACGAAGAAUGAGGAACGUAAGACUCAGGACGCAAUUUUCCGCCUUGGGAGGCUCGAUGGCGUGAAAGUCGGCCACAUUCGGGAAAUGAAACUCGAAGAGAAUAAAUCACAUCCAGUUGUCACCCGCAGUAUGCAACCAUUGUUAUUCGAGAUAAACGAAUUUCUAAGCCACAAGGAAUGCGAUUUGCUCAUUCAGUUAUCCCAACGGAGCCACCUCACAGACAGUCUUACAACUAACGGAAAAGGAGAGGGAAUUAGUAGGGACGAAUUGGAGAAGAAGAUGGCAACAAAAAAUUUGAACCGCGAAAAAUCUAUGCUCUGCAGGAAACUCCAACGACCUGUCUAUGACUCUGAUCGUGACGAAAAAAUAACCCUACAAGAGUUUGUGAGAUUUUUGGAUCGAGAGAAGUACGUUUAUCCGACAAAGGAAGAUGCAUUGCCGAUAUUUUCUAUUUUUGAUUUGAACUCAGACGGGUUUGUUGAUGACAAGGAUUGCGCAGACGUCACUAACACAACCUACGUCGAAUUCCUUUUUCGGGUCGAGAAACUCAAAUCAGAUCCUCGAUAUUUUAUUCGGUUUAGUGAAUCUGCGGUGCUUUCUAGAGACAGGCCGAUUGUGAGAACACUCCAGAGAAGGAUCGCUAAGCUUACGGGCUUGUCUAAAACACUAAUAGAGAAAAGUGAAGAAAUUCAGGUGGUGCGUUACUCUGUAUCAGGCCACUACAAUGCUCAUUACGACACAACACACGGUCCUGGAUCUGCCAGGUUAAAGGAAUGCUGCCGUGAUGGACAAGUUACUCAAGACUGCCAUUUAUGCAGGUUCAUGACCAUUCUCCUUUACUUAAACGAUGUCUCGAAAGGUGGCGAAACGGCGUUUCCCCUGGCGGAUGAUCCUCAACGCUUCUACACGAGAAACUAUUCCUAUUCCCUCAAUGAAAGAUCAAGAUGCCGCGAGGCUAAUCUACUGAUCCAACCAAAGAAAGGCAAAGCUGUCGUGUGGUACAACCAUCUCCUAGAGCGUGACGGGGAUGAUCACAUGGGUGACCUUGAUUUGCUGUCGUUACACGGUGGAUGUGACGUCGUUGAGGGGGUCAAGUGGAUUGCGAACGUGUGGUUGAACGCACCCUUUAGAAAAGAAGGCAAUUCAUAGAUUGAACUUAAGUAUUUUAGAUCGUAAUUAGUCGGAUUACAAUGGCAGUUAGAGCGCUUUUCAAAUGAGUCUCGUAAAAACCAAAACCAAGUAAAUGGCCAAUCAGGAGAAAGGAAGAUCCCCUUAAGAGCCAAUGAGAACUUAAUGUAAAAGCGACCAGUGCCUAGAACGCGGGAAAGCGCGGGAAAACGCGGGCGACCAAGUCGUGAUUGGUUUUAGUUUUGCGUCUGAUUGGUUACGAUAGUGGCGCGAGCUUUCCGGUCUACCAAUCACAGAGCGAAGUAAAGCAAAACCAGUGUAAUCCUGGAUUAAUUUCGACACUCAAGUGAAGAUUGCUCCAUCAGGAAAAUAUUUACCGAAGACACUUGUCAGUAAAAACUUGCUGGAGUUGCAUUUCUCUCAUCCCCCUAACUCCAGCUAUCUUUGCAAAUUUCGCCCUUAGCAAUAAUUGAAAAAAUCGCAUGGCGGCUUGAACGACAGGAGACUUGUCAAGAAAAUAAUGGCUCUAUUCUUUCAUCUGUAGUGCUAAGAAAAACUUGCCCGAUUUUUUUUACCAGUUUGACAGAUCAUUUUACACCUCUAGAGCCCUCCAGUCUUGGCCCCUCAGGAAGUUCCCCCUGAAUUCUUGGUAUCUGAGAAGGAAGCUUUCCAGGCCUUCUCAACUGUGAAGAUCGGAAAAAGCUAUUGGUCCUGAUUGCAUCCCAAACAGGGUACUGAAGGAGUUCGCUCAAGAACUAGCACCAGUUGUCAAGGAUAUUUAUAACGCUUCCCUGAUCGAGGUUUAUUUUCCUGAUUCCUUGAGGGCCUCACUGCUGAACCCAACCCGCCCUAAAAUCUCACCCCCGCAGCAGAUAGAGAGCGAUUUGCGGCCCAUCGCUCUGACAUGCACUUUUGCUAAGGUGCUUGAGGGAUUCACACGUGACCGCUUGAUUACACAAGUGUCUCAUCAGAUCGACCCUCGUCAGCCGAGUUUGUUCGUUCAGGACAUUCCACCACUGACGCGUUAGUCUAUUUGCUGCAGGCUGUGUAUGAGGCAGUGGAUACCGGGAGUUGUGGUGCUAGGCUUUUCUUUGCUGACUACUCUAAAGGUUUUGACAUGAUUGAUCACAAUGUGCUGAUCGACGAGCUAAGGAACUUGUAUGUGCACCCUGUUCUAGUUAAUUGGAUAAUUGCCUUUCUGUGAAACAGGACUCAGGCUGCGAGGAUUGAGAACAUUAUAUCUGAGUGGAAAACUCCCAAGGGCGGUAUACCACAGGGCACUAGGUUAGGAGUCAUUUUGUUUACAGUCGUGACAAAUAGUUUAUUGCGCUCAUGGAACCUUAGAAUAAAGUUUGUUGAUGAUACCACAGCCCUUGAAAUAAUCCCCACGAACAGUGCCAGUCUACUCAAUUUUGUUACAAACGAUAUCUAUGCUUUUUCUGAAGAUCACAGAAUGAAAUUGAACCCUGCUAAAUGCUAGGAAAUGCUAAUUAAUUUUAUGAGUAAUCAUAAUUUUAUUGUGAAUCCUAUUGUAAUUGGUACAGUUGAGAGAGUCACGACAUAUAAGAUACUGGGCGUUUAUAUUAGUAAUGACCUCAAAUGGAACCAUCGCGUAGAAGUUGUAGUGCAAAAGGGAAACAGGAGGCUUUACUCUUUAAGGGUCCCUAUUAAGCAAUGUGGUGCGCCUCCAACUUCACUGGCUAAGGUUUAUACAACCACUGUUCGUCCUGUUCUAGAAUAUGCUGCCCCUGUCUGGCAAAAUAUACCAGAUUUUCUAUCUUAUAAGAUUGAGAGCAUUCAGAAAAGGGCUAUGCGAAUCAUUUUUCCUUGAAUGAAUUACAACGAAGCAUUAAAUGUCCUUAAUUUAAGAACUCUGGGUGACAGACGCGCCCAUCUAUGCCAGGUUUAUAUUGAUAGACUCCGGAAUGAGAUUCACCCCUUGCAUUUUAUGCUCCCCAAACAGGAGGAGGUUGUGCAUAAUUAUAAUGAUCGUAGAUCUGGCAUUAGCCGCUCCACGCGGACUCCACGCGGACUCCACGCGUUCUAUACUUGUAGGACCGAGUGCACGCAAGAGUUUGUCACGCAUAAGUAUACCUAGUGGCUUGUACAAUUAUACUUCUAGUAUCUAUUAGAUUUAUUGUAUUAUAUUUUAGUAUUAUAUGUUUUGUAUAUAGCUCUAUAAUUCAGUCAUUCUGUAUAU